AUGUCCUCUUGGCUCUGCCCGCGUUACUUCUUGUAUCUUAGCCAUCUCGUCAAAAACACAAACCUCAUCAACAGCUCUGCCAGCCCUGCCGAAAAAGGCAAAGACAAGGUCAAAUUCUCCAAGAACAACGCUGCCGCCAUCAUCAAGGCCAACCUUCGACUCCUACCCGACUCUGAGCGAUCGCAAGUCCUCAGCGCACUCAACAUUCAGAUACCCAAGUUCAAGGCCGUCGAGAGAAGUCAGCAGGCAGCACAACAAGUUCAAAAGCUGGACGCCAUCCAGUUUCUUCCACAAAGGCGAGGCCAGGCCCAUCACCAGCCUCACCAGCCUCGCUGUGAGCAGGGGCGUCAAGCUUCCCAGCCUUUGGCAGCCCGGGGUGAGCUGCGCAGUGCUGCCAUGUCGUACCCACAAGGCCUCCCAACCAAGACCAUGGCGACCAAAGCCUACGACGACAUGAAGACUCGGUUUGGGGAAACGCCUGUCAAACGCCCGAAGAACUCGAAUCUCUUCACUGGUGGAAGGUUUCUUCCCGAGAUGAGACGCGCUCACUCGCCUGGGCAGGAGAUGGACGCUCCCGUUUUCGCCGAGGACUUCAUUUCUCGUUAUGAAGAUACUCGAUGGAUCUCGGCGGUCGCCGCGCCCUCAAACGCCGGUGUCAAUCAGCGCAACCAAGUAACAAAGCACCUCCACAUUGCUCGCCAGAUCUUAGCCACGCUCAACGCCAAGCUCACCGACGAAGUUAUGGAAAUAAUCAUCAACGCCUUCCCUGCGAAUGCCGAGAAGCACCAUGUCAAGCUUAUGAGCCCUCUCUGA